CGCUCACGACCAGUCGUAGUGAGAGGAUCGAUUCUAGUAGGCGAUAAUUUUACCCGUUGUUUUUUUAUUGUUUAGUUUCAGUUUUGAUUUGAUGCGAUAAGGAAGCAGAUCCAGAAACAAUCACAAAUGGACAUCAUUUUUACCAUCAAUGGAAAGACUUAUGAAGUCGAUCCGAAUAUCAUUCCCAUUGAUACAUCGCUGAAUUCGUUCAUUCGGAACCAUGCCCACCUUAGCGGUACCAAAUUCAUGUGCUUGGAGGGAGGAUGUGGAGCGUGUAUUGUCAACGUUAAUGGAAUCCACCCGGCAACGAAGCAAAAAUUUUCAUUGGCGGUCAAUUCGUGUCUGUUCCCGGUUUUCUCCUGUCACGGUUUGGACGUUGUGACGGUCGAAGGAAUUGGCGAUAAGCAAGAUGGCUACCAUCCAACGCAAAAAGUUCUGGCGUAUUUCAACGGAACCCAGUGUGGUUACUGUUCCCCAGGAAUGGUCAUGAACAUGUACAGUCUGCUGGAAUCCAAAGAGGGCCGGGUGACGAUGGCCGAGGUAGAGAAUGCCUUCGGAGGUAACAUUUGCCGCUGUACGGGCUAUCGACCGAUACUGGAUGCGUUCAAAUCGUUGGCAAUCGAUGCGGAGCCUCGACUGAAAGAAGCUUGUCGGGACAUUGAAGAUUUAUCGAAAAUAUGCCCGAAAACGGGAGUGGCAUGUGCUGGUAAAUGUUCUGCCGUUGGUAGGAACGCGCCUCAAAAAGCAGUUCGUUUGAGUUUCAAUGAGGGUCAAGAGUGGCACAAAGUUUACAAAGUGAGUGAAGUAUUUGCGAUAUUCGAACAAAUUGGAACCAAACCGUACAUGCUGGUAGCUGGCAACACUGCACAUGGUGUUUACCGGAGACCUAAUAAUCUGCAGGUUAUUAUAGAUGUCAAUUCUAUCGAAGAACUUCAUACUCAUUCUUUGGGCAGCAGUAUAACCGUCGGAGCCAAUGUUUCUCUGUCCGAAUUGAUGACCAUUUUGUUAGAAGCAUCCGGAAACCAAAACUUCAAGUAUUGCGUAGAGCUUGUAAAGCACAUCGACUUGAUUGCCAAUGUUCCAGUGCGCAAUACUGGAACUAUCGCUGGAAAUUUAUGCAUUAAACAACAACACAAAGAAUUUCCAUCUGAUUUAUAUCUGCUAUUAGAAGCAGCUGGAGCAAAACUCACUAUCGCGGAAGCUCGUAAUAGAACUGUCACCGUCAGCCCGGAGGAGUUUAUGAAUAUGGAUAUGAAGAAUAAACUAAUUCUGAAUGUAGUUUUGCCUCCGUUGGAUCCAAGCGUGUGUGUGUACCGUUCUUUCAAGAUUAUGCCUAGGGCUCAAAAUGCUCACGCCUACGUCAACGGUGCUUUUAUGGUUAAAUACAAUCGGAUCAAACAAGCUAUAGAAUCUGCAACUGUGUGCUUUGGUGGAAUCAAUCCUAAAUUCACGCAUGCUACAGCAACGGAGAAAUUUAUCGCUGGAAAGAACCUAUUCGAAAAUGAAACCUUUCAAUCGACUGUAAGAAUUCUUUCCAACGAACUAGCCCCGGAUUGGGUACUACCGGAUGCUUCCCCAGAAUAUCGCAAAAACCUAGCGAUCUCACUGUUCUACAAGUUCGUCCUGAACAUUGCUCCAGAGCACGGAAAGUUGAUCAAGUCGCAGUUCAAAUCGGGUGGAACGGUCCUCGAGCGCCCGCUUUCUACCGCAUCCCAAAGAUUCGAUACUCAGGAGAAAAACUGGCCACUUACGAAAAACAUUCCGAAGAUUGAAGGUCUGGCGCAAACCUCCGGAGAAGCCAAAUAUGCGAAUGACAUGCCUACUCUUCCUAAUGAGCUGUAUGCUGCGUUUGUUCUCGGAACGAGGGCUCACGCUAACAUUGGGGCGUUGGAUGCGUCCGAAGCGUUGAAAAUACCCGGUGUGGUCGCAUUCUUCUCCGCCAAAGACAUACCGGGAGUGAACAACUUUAUGUACUUUCCGGAUUUCAUGGGUUCAGAGAUAGAGCAAAUUUUCGCCAGCGAAACGGUUGAAUACCAUGGGCAACCAGUCGGAUUGAUAGUGGCCACCUCAUUCGCCCUGGCGAAUCGUGCGUCAAAAGCUGUAAAAAUAACGUACCAAAUGAAACAAUCCGCUCAGGUUCUACCAACCAUUCAGGCCGUACUGAAAAGCAACGCUCAGCAUCGGAUCAAGGAAAUGCCGUACAGCACCCAUGGGGAAAAGUACGAUGAAGCCCCUGAAGGUGAACUGAAAGUCAAGGGACGUUUUGAGAUCGGUGGUCAAUACCACUACUAUAUGGAAACGCAAACUUGUAUCUGUAUCCCAAUCGAAGAUGGAAUGGAUGUUUAUUCGUCGACUCAGUGGGUGGAUCUGACGCAGAUGGCCAUCGCACGAAUGCUGAAGGUUCCGCAGAACAGUUUGAAUCUGUACGUUCGUAGACUCGGUGGCGGAUAUGGUGGUAAGGGAACUCGUGCCACUUUGGUUGCGUGUGCUUGUGCAUUGGCGGCACAUCUCAUCAGAAGACCGGUUCGGCUUGUGAUGACACUGGAGGCUAACAUGGAUGCCAUCGGUAAACGCUUCCCGGUCAGAUCAGACUACGAAGUCGAUGUUGAUAGAAAGGGGAAAAUAGUUAAACUAUACAACGAGUAUAUCCAUGAUUUCGGAUCAAACUGGAAUGAAGCUAUGGGCCACGCAGGAGAGUUUUUCUCCAAUUGCUACGAUAAAAGCGUAUUCAAAACAGUCGCCAAGGGAGCGAAGACCGAUUGCGCUAGUAACACUUGGUGCAGAGCUCCAGGAACAACGGAAGGUGUUGCAAUGAUUGAAAAUAUUAUGGAACACAUCGCGUUUGUGACGGGCCUAGAUCCUUUGGAUGUACGGAUGGCGAACAUGCCAAAAGACAUAAAAAUGUUAGAAUUGAUGCCACAAUUCCGUUUGGAAGUGGAUUUCGAUGCCAGAAAGAAAAAAAUCCAUCAAUUUAACGAGGAAAAUCGAUGGCGUAAGCGAGGAAUCUCAAUCGUUCCGAUGAGAUAUCCAAUGGGUUAUUUCGGAUCACUGCAUGCUAUUGUUAGUAUUUAUCACGAUGACGGGACGGUUUCGAUUUCACAUGGUGGUAUCGAAAUGGGACAGGGUAUGAACACUAAGGUAGCUCAGGUAGCCGCUCACAUGUUGGGAAUACCGUUGAACAAAAUAAGCAUCAAACCAACCAACAACUUGACGUCUCCGAAUGCUAUUUGUACUGGUGGAAGCAUGACAAGUGAAUCUGUUAGUUAUGCCGUCAAACGAGCUUGCCAGUUGCUGUUGGAACGCAUUAAUCCGAUUCGGGAAGCCAACAAAGACGACUCGUGGGAUGUCCUGAUUGAGAAAUGUCACAUGCAAAGCGUUGAUCUCUGUGCUACUUAUAUGUACAAAGCAUCAGAGCUGGUUCCUUACGUAAUCUGGGGUUUAAGUUGUUCGGAAAUUGAGGUAGAUGUUUUAACUGGAAAUGUACAACUAUUACGUGUCGAUAUCUUAGAAGACGUCGGAGAAAGUCUGAGUCCCGGAAUAGACGUCGGCCAAAUUGAGGGUGCGUUUGUAAUGGGACUCGGGUACUACCUGACCGAGGCUCUUGUGUAUGAUCCCGAGAACGGGGCACUGCUAACCAAUCGUACUUGGACCUACAAGCCCCCGGGGGCAAAGGACAUCCCGAUUGAUUUCCGCAUCCGAUUCCUACGGAACAGCUCCAACGAAACCGGUGUUUUGCGAUCUAAAGCGACCGGUGAACCAGCUAUGAAUAUGACCAUCUCGAUCAUAUUUGCUCUAAGGCAAGCCUUACUGUCCGCCCGCAAAGAUGCAGGUUUACCGAACGAAUGGAUCGAAAUAGGAGCCCCCUCAACACCGGAUCAAAUUUAUCUAUUGGCAGGAAAUUCACUGGACCAGUAUAGACUGCAAUAGUUUGGUUAGCAUGUGCUUCAGUAUUAAUACAACCGGAAACCAAGAAAAGCAAAACAUAGUGCAUUGUAAUCAUCCAAGAUUCAAAACGUGAUAGAAAUAAUUAGCACAAAUUUAAAAUUGAUAUUCUUUCAUAUACUACAAUGUAAUUUUAUUCUUUUGUUUAGUUUUGUAGUACUGUAUAACUUUGGUUAUGGUUGUUUGUUGAAUAGUGUGUACUAAACUUUGUUAUUUCAGAUUUUAUAAGUUGAAGGGUGAACUCCUAAGCUAUUUGCACACUUAUAUGCUGUAUAUCUGGAUAUUUCAAUAAUAAAACUACGAGCUGUUCGAAAAUAAACUCUUAGAAAUGCAUACAACUCA